AUGGCGGCCAAGAUAUCACGAUUUUCAAGACUUUCUGCUUUCUCGUCGUCUUCUUUCUUGGAUGCAGUUUUAAGAAGUAAUACAAAUACAUUUCUAAGGUCAUCUGUAUAUUUAAGUUACCAAAUAAGUGAAGUCCAUAGAAGUUCUACUUCAAAAUCGGUUAGACGAAAUGGCAAUGGCAGAAGCGAAGGAAGGUUGCAUCAUUUCAAAAAAAUAUUGAAACAGUUUAUGACUGGAAGUAAAGAUUUAGGAUCAGAUGUUAAACGAUUGGUAGCUAUACGAAAAAAGCUUAAGGCUAGUGGGAAAGACUGGGGAGCUUUAAGCUUAGACGAAACUCUUCAUAUGAAUCAAGUUCAGCGUGAUUUGGUUAAAACCCUCCCAGCACUGUUUGUGUUUUGUAUUCCAUUUGUUGGUUAUGCUGCUCCUCUUAUUGCGUUCAUGUUUCCCAAACACCUACUAUCACGUCAUUACUGGUUACCAGUUCAAGAAGAAACAUUUCGCAAACUUGAUACAACAAAAAGAAACAGGCACUAUCUUCCUUUGGUAAGGGAGUUAGGGAGGUAUGCUCUCCUUGAGAAAGGCAAAGGUAGCAAUUCUGAGAACCUUCUAGAUGUUUCCUUGAAGACUAUUAACAAAGAGCACCCAACAAAUGAAGAACUUUUGAAAUCUUCAGACUCAUUUUCAGAGGAGAAUAAACUUGGAUUUAAUGAGCUUCCAAAAUAUCAUUUGAAACGCUUAAGUCAAGCAUGGUUGAUUUGGCCUUGGUUGCCUCGCAGACUCCUCAGAGGAAAUCUCAGAAGACGUUUAGCAAAAAUCCGCAAAGAAGAUAUUGCCUUGAAUAGAGAAGGUCUGGAUAAUCUAGACGAACAACAGCUACAAAGAUUGUGUCAUCGACGAGGUCUGGAUGUAUCCAAUCUAGGCAGUGGAGCACUGAAAGAAUGGUUAUCAGAAUGGGUUGAACUCUCAGUUACUGCUUCAGGUCAAGAUGAUUCAUUUUUGGCUCACAUAGCAGUUUACAAAACUAUGAAUUACCACAGGAAUCCUGCUAGUAAAACCACAGAAUAACUGACAUGCUUUGGAUGGAUUUUAUAAAUACCAAGACUAAAACAGGCUUAUUGGUUAAGGUAGAGUGGUUUCCAUAAACCCAUGAAACAAAGUGUAAUAAUUAGAGUGUAAUAGAUUGUAAUAGUCGUGUAGAGACAAUAAAAAACAAAAGAGCCAAAGUGUAAUAGUGAUAAAUACGCUAAAGUGUGUUUCACGGGUUAAUGAAAACCACUCUAGGUUUCCCAUCUGUUGGAAAAAAGCAAGGAAUCAUUUGCAGUGAACAACUUAAACUCUGUGGACCAGACUAUUGUCUUCUAUUAACCAAUUGCAAUUUAUUGAUUAUUCUGAUUUUGCACCCUUCACUGAAAAACAAUUUUAAUGCAGAAAAUGAUAUCAGUAUGUCAUGUUUGACCAUUUCAGUUACCAUGUAAAUACUAUUCUUGAAACCAAAAAUAAAGUUCAGCACAUUAAAAGCCCAAAUUUUAAUUAAUGAAACCUGUAUAUAUUGUGUAUGUGUGUAAUGAGAUGACACUGGAAAUGGUGACGAGGAGUCUGAAAAUAACUGUGUUAAUGGUGCUGUUGUAUCAAAUAAACUCAAGCAUGAUUUAUUUAA